CAAUCACGUUUCUUACCUACUCAGUGUUACGCGCUUACAAUAAAGUAUUUUGUUUCACAUCAGCCAAAAUGAUGAAUACAUGUAAAAAAAUAUUGAAGAAUGAGAAACUGUUGGUCUGCGCUAUUCUUGUGCAAUUGCUUCUCGGAUGUGCGUUUACUUUAUUGGUCGAAUACGGAAACGAAUCCAAUGGAGCUUUCCUGGGAAACAGUUUACAUGGAGUGUUUGUACAAGUGAGCGGACCAAAAUCCGGAAAAAAUUCGCUACCCAACAGCUAUUACAUGUUUCAGGAUGUUCACGUGAUGAUGUUCAUCGGGUUUGGAUACCUUCUAAUAUUGAUGAAAAGGUCCGAUCACAAGUCUUUAAUUUCAUAUUUUCUGGUCACGGCAAUCAGUCUUCAAUGGGGAACCCUCUGCUAUGGAUUUUUUCGCACCAUCAAUGGGAAAAUUCAUCUAAACAUUAAUACUUUAUUAAAUGCUGAUUUUGCCUGCGCCGCAGUUUUAAUUUCGUGUGCAGCGGUUGCGGAAUUGACGACACCGCUACAAAUCUUCUUGAUGUCUCUGUUGGAAAUUAUCUUGUAUUCCACCAAUAACUGGAUCGGAUCUUUAGUGUUCCAGGCAUCAGAUGUCGGAUCGUCCAUGUUCGUCCACGUCUUUGGGGCGUACUUUGGUUUGGCUGUUAGUUUCGUUUUAUAUCGCGGCACAGCUUAUUGCGCUGAGAGACAGUCCAGCAAAGACGAAGCCAGCAAUGACUCAAUUGGCGAAACCCUUUCCACUGCUGUUGGCACUAUGUUUCUGUGGCUUUUGUGGCCUAGUUUCAACGCGUGUUCGGCAAAAGGUGAUGCCGAGCAAUUUCGAGCCAUCAUCAACACCUAUUAUUCACUAUCGGCCAGUUGCGUGACAGCGUUUGCCGUCUCGUCUCUCGUUUUCAACUGCUUCGUGUGCGCUGAAGAUAACAGACGACGCAGUUUUAACAUGGUUGUUUUUCAAAACUCGACCCUGGUUGGUGGAGUGGUGAUCGGUACAUCUGCCGAUAUGAUGAUCAACAUAUGGGGAGCCAUGAUAAUUGGUGGUUUAGCUGGAGCAGGAUCUAUAUUCAUCAAUCGUUUUUCAACUACGAAAGCUGUUCACCGUAUAAUUGGAAUGCGCAACGCAUGGGGAGUAAUCUCUUUGCACGGAAUCCCAGGUAUUGUAGCUGGUUUUGUGGGCGCAAUUGUAUCGGCCGCUGCGACUAAGGAAGAUUAUGGUUUCAGCCUUUACCGACAGUUUCCAGCACGAUCUCCACUCAAUAGUUCCAGCGAGUUCUCAAAAAUUCAGUACUACGAUUUAAAAAUUGACCCUGGUCGAGAAAGAACAGCUUUACAACAAGCAGGAUUUCAGAUUGUUACACUUAUCGUGACCCUAGUUAUCGCAAUUAUAGGAGGCCUUGUAACAGGGACGAUUCUUUCGUUGUCUUUCUUCCGUCAACCGUAUGAAGAAAAUGACUCGCAACCUGAUCAGCUAACGCUUGUUGUUGACCAGUUAUUGCUCUCUGAAAGACGUUUAAACGUUAUUGAUGCAACCAGCGAAACUAAUCCAAUCGUUAUUUUGACCGAUAAUUUGUCGUCCACUUGUUAACUGGUAAAGCCAUUUUAGCUGGUAAAACACUAAAACUGAUAAAGCAAAUGCUGACGUUAGGUUUUAUUAUUACUUUUCAAAGCGAAACUUUACGUUUCUUUUUCUCUCCUAAGUUUAAGAAAAGAAAUACAAAUUGUAAUAUAUAAAAAUAAAAAAUAUUUAUUUAAAAAUUCAUUAUAAUAGAGAAAGUGACUGACACG